CUGAGAAGCCGGCGGGGCGGGGCCAGCAUGGCAUUGCUGUGGGGAGUUGACCAGAAUUCCCGAUGCUCGGUACGGGCGGCAGGUUGGUGCGCGGCUCUUGUCGAUCAUUGUUGGGAUUACUGGGAGACUUUACUGAAGAGCCGACCCAGUGUAUGAGCAGCGGCCGCGGGAUGGCUCCUCGGCUCCCACAGGGGCCCCAGGCCCCUGUGUUAACAGGCUGUUAGUGCUUAACAUGUCACUGCGAACUGAAAGAAAAUUAGAUUCUUCUACACUGGAGAAGGUUGCUGCAGACAUGAGUAAUCUGAUAGAAAAUCUGGACACCAGUGAGCUCCGCUUCGAUGGGGAGGAAGUGGACUAUGAUUUUGGCACGGACCCCAAAACUAGUAGUGCCAGCAUUCCCUUUUCGGCUAUUUAUAAGACAAAAGGUUUUAAGGAGCCUGACCUCCAGACGUACCUAACAGGAUGCGCCAUUAAAGUCAGGGUUCUAGAGGUGGAAAGAUUUGCUUCAUCAUCUUCCUCAAAGACAUCCGUUCUGAACAUUUACACGAUUGAACUUAAUCAUGGGGAGUUCACAUGGCAAGUUAAGAGGAAAUUCAAGCAUUUUCAAGACCUCCACAGAGAACUUCUUCGAUACAAAGCUUUCAUCAGAAUCCCUAUUCCUACCAGGAGCCACACAGUGAGAAGACAAACUGUAAGAAGAGGAGAUGUCAGAUCAAUGCCCAAUCUACCCCGGAAUGCAGAGAUUGUUCGAGAAGAGCAAGCUUCAAGUAGAAGGAAACAAUUAGAAGAUUAUCUAUCAGCGCUGUUAAAGAUGCCGAUGUACAGGAAUUAUCAUGCAACAAGGGAAUUUAUUGAUGUGAAUCAGCUAUCCUUUAUCCAUGACCUUGGACCGAAGGGCAUUGAAGGAAUGAUAAUGAAGAGAUCCGGUGGGCACAGAAUACCUGGCUUGAAUUGCUGUGGACAAGGAAGUGCGUGCUAUCGAUGGUCAAAAAGAUGGCUAGUUGUGAAGGAUUCCUUCCUUUUAUACAUGAAGCCUGACACUGGAGCCAUUUCCUUUGUUCUGUUAGUCGAUAAAGAAUUCAACAUAAAGAUGGGGAAGAAAGACACUGAGACCCAGUAUGGCUUACGAAUAGACACUCUCUCCAGAUCUUUGAUUUUGAAGUGCAACAGCUACAGACAUGCACGAUGGUGGGGUCAGGCUAUUGAAGAAUUUGUUAGGAAACAUGGGAAAAACUUCCUGACGGCUCAUAGAUUUGGAUCAUAUGCAGCAGUCCAAAAAAACACACUAUGUAAAUGGUAUGUCAAUGCCAAAGGAUAUUUUAAUGAUGUGGCUGAUGCAAUGGAGGCAGCAAAGGAAGAAAUUUUCAUUACAGAUUGGUGGUUAAGUCCAGAAAUAUUCCUGAAGCGUCCAGUGGUGGAAGGAAAUCGGUGGAGACUUGAUUGUGUUCUCAAGAGAAAAGCUCAACAAGGUGUCAAGAUCUUUGUUAUGUUGUAUAAAGAAGUGGAACUGGCACUGGGAAUAAACAGCGAGUACAGCAAAAGAACUCUCAUGCGUAUACAUCCCAAUAUUAAGGUGAUGAGACAUCCAGAUCAUAUGUCCUCAUCUGUGUACUUGUGGGCUCACCAUGAAAAAAUAGUGGUUAUUGAUCAGUCUGUGGCUUUUGUUGGAGGAAUUGACCUGGCGUACGGACGAUGGGAUGAUGAUGAGCACAGGCUAACAGAUGUUGGAAGUGUCAAGAGAAUCGUAGCAGCCCAGUCCACAACUGGCAUAAACAUGGCCUUGUCCGGGUCUGUGCAGGCGUUGAAUGGUGAAGACAUGUCCACGAAGAAACCUAGCUUCCAAGUUCAGGAGAAAAAAGGUGAAGAAGUGGUGGACAACUCAAAGAUACGAGGCAUGGGCAAAUCUCGAAAAUUUGCUAAGUUCAGCCUGUAUAAACAGCUCCACAAACACAACCUCCAACAUGCAGACAGCGUCAGCAGCAUAGACAGCCAGUCACACAGGGGAUCCGUUCGCAGUUUACAGACUGGUGUGGGAGAACUUCUUGGCGAAACUCGAUUCUGGCAUGGAAAAGAUUAUUGCAAUUUUGUCUUCAAAGACUGGGUGCAGCUGGAUAAACCUUUUGACGACUUCAUUGACAGAUACCAGACACCGAGAAUGCCCUGGCAUGACAUUUCUUCUGUAGUACAUGGGAAAGCUGCACGUGAUGUGGCCAGGCAUUUUAUUCAGCGCUGGAACUUUACAAAGAUAAUGAAGCCCAAGUACCGUUCUCUAUCCUAUCCUUUCCUUCUGCCUAAAUCACACAAAACAGCCAAUGAGUUGCCAUAUCAGGUUCCAGGGUCAAUUCAUGCUGAUUCACAGGUUCUCCGUUCUGCAGCAGACUGGUCAGCUGGGAUUAAGUACCAUGAAGAGUCCAUCCACAAUGCAUAUGUGCACGUGAUCCAGAACAGCGAGCACUACAUCUACAUUGAGAAUCAGUUCUUUAUCAGCUGUUCAGACAAUAAAGUAGUGUUUAACAAGAUUGGGGACACCAUUGCACAGAGGAUCAUUAAGGCCCACAGGGAAAACAAGAGGUACAGAGUGUUUGUGAUCACACCUCUGCUCCCAGGGUUUGAAGCAGAUAUUUCUACUGGAGGGGGAAACGCAUUGCAGGCUAUCAUGCACUUCAACUACAGAACCAUUUGCAGAGGAGAACAUUCCAUCAUUGAACAGUUGAAGACAGAAAUUGGGGAUAAGUGGCUGAACUACAUAUCCUUCUGUGGUCUACGGACACAUGCUGAACUGGAAGGAAAUCUUGUUACUGAAUUGAUCUACGUACACAGCAAACUGCUUAUUGCCGAUGAUAACACGGUCAUUAUUGGUUCAGCUAAUAUUAAUGACCGCAGCAUGAUGGGGAAGCGUGACAGCGAGAUGGCUGUUAUUAUUCAAGACACAGAGAAGGUUCUGUCGGUCAUGGAUGGGGAGGCUUAUGAAGCUGGGAAAUUUGCCCUGUCACUUCGGAUGCAUUGCUUCAGUCUUCUCCUCGGUUGCCUUAAUGAUCCAUCUGUCAAUAUCCAAGACCCUAUUAGUGACAAAUUUUUCAAAGAGGUUUGGGUGGCCACAACAGCUCGCAACACUACCAUUUUUGACAAAGUAUUUCGAUGUCUUCCAAGUGAUGAAGUGCAAUACUUUUUUCACCUGCCCGACUAUCUUGCCAAGUCAGCCCUGGCUACACAGGAUCGUGUGAAAGCACAAGAAGAACUGCAGAGAAUUCGUGGGUUUGUGGUCCAACUACCUUUCUUAUUCCUUUCUGGAGAAAAUCUCUUACCAUCUGUGGGAACCAAGGAGUCUAUUGUGCCCAUGGAAACCUGGACCUGAAAGGAAUUUUUUUUUAUACAUAAAAUAAACUGCAAUUUCUAAGUGGCCAGAAAUCUUAUACAAAGCCACAUACCAUGCUGUUGGGCACUUAGGGGGUAAUUCAUCAUUCUUUGGACCAGCAUAGAGUGUCAAAAUUGCCCAAAUUCAUUGCGCAAAAUUUCUUGCACAAAGUGGGAGUUUGCACAUCAUUUUUGAGCUGGAGCAGGGAGUGAUAAAUCCCCUGCACCCCCCCCCCCAAAGCCCAACUUUAAGCCAUUGAAAUGCCCCACUUUAUGAUGCAACAUUUAUGGCAAAUUGUAUCUGGCCACUUCUGCUCUUAUAUAUGGUAGUAACUGUACAACUAAACGGUUUGGUUACAGUGUAAUCCACGAUCACUGUAUUUGUUACACACAGUGUGUAGCAUGUAACGGUAAAUGGAAUUGCCUAACCACUUGCUGGGUAAAGGUUCUGUGGCUGACCAAAGUAUACACUGAAGUCUCUGAAUAGUAAUAAUCUCCUGUGGUAAAUGCUACAGCUCUAUGCCACUAUUCAGCAGUCAUUGCUGCAGCUUCAAAGUUGUCAGCAAAGGCAAGUACCUCUGGGAGCCCACAAUUUAUUUUAUUUUAUUAUUGAACACUACCAUUCCUUUUGGCAAAUAAAGCUGCUAUCUGCAUUUGGUGCCAUGAGCUGCCAAGUGCUGGGGAACAGAUGGAAAGUAAGGCCUAUAUCUUUUCUCUGCGAUCUGUCCUGUUAAAGGAUUAUAACUUGCAUUCAAAGGGACCAUGAGCCAUGAAAUCCAUGUGCCAACUACAUCUGCGUGCCAUAGACUGUCACUUUUUUGUAUGUCUCUCUUUGUCAUAUUUAGUGUUUACUGAAUUGCACAUGUUGUAUUCUUAAAUAACACCAUAGGGGGCACCAUUAUGUAUUAAUAUCAUUGUAUGUCGAGCCAUAGAAAAAUUUGAAUGAUUUGAGUCAUUAUUCAAAAUCUCUUUUCAGUUUAGCUUGUAUGAGGGCUAUCUUCAUCUUCAAUAACUCAAAUACAUUUUAGAAAGAAAUUGUACAAUGGGUAUUGGACAAGUAAUGGAUCCCAAGUACUAGCUCUUGAUUCUUUUUGUGGGGAUAGUUCAUUUUGGAGCAAUGAAGGUAGAAUGCUAUGUCUUUCAUUUAUUAAUGUAAUGUAUCCUGUGUAAUAAUGACAUUAGUGCCAUUGAUAUUACUUUAUAACGUUUAUCUUGCUUUAAAUCAAUUAUUGAUUCAUUAUCAGAAAAUACCAAAUAUUAUGUACAGUAAAUGUAUUUGUUCUGUAAAUUGAUGCCUAUCAAAACUUCGUGUUGUAAUGAAGAAAAUACAUUUUCAUAAGAGUGUAAUUUUAAAUAGACAUCUAGAGCAUGGCCAUGAGCAGCUUAAUCAGUCUAAACUACAGUAAUACAUCAAUACAAGGGCGAGUCAAUAAUCAUCUGCAAUAAAACUAUAAACUUUAUUUUUCAAUAUAGCCCUGUUAAUUUUCCAUUGUUGCAUAAGCUUCUGUAUUCCCAUUAAAAAAAAAUCAUUGGGUACCGAUCAGCUGAGAGGGACAGACUGAGAUCACUUACCGAUCUCCUGUCUGUCUGAUUGGUGCUCCAACAGUGCAGGCAGCCUCAGCAGCAUGCACUGAUGUAGCGCCAAUAACACUGAUCAAUGCCAUACUAUGGCACAGCAUUGUUUAGUGUUUUCAAUCGAAAGAAAGGUUUAGCCCCUAUAGGGGCUAAAAACUAGCAAAUAAGAUUUAAAAAAUAAUAAUAAUUCCCUAAUAAAAGUUUGAAUACCUUCCCUUACCCAUUUUUUUUAUAAAAUAAUGUAAACAAAAAUAAAAAAUAUUUGGUAUCUUGUGUGUGGAAGUAUCCAAUCUAUUAAAAUAUAGUAAUGAAAAGGCACAGUUAAUGGCGAAAACUUUUUAAAAAAUUACUAAAUUACAGAAAUGCAGAUUUUUGGUCACUGCAUAUACCAGAUAAAUUUUUUUUAAUAAAAAGCGAUCAAAAAAUCCCAUCAAAACAAAAAUGGUACUGAUUAAAACUACAGAUCACAGCACAAAAAAUGAGCCCUCACACAUCACAAAAAGUUAUCAUUUUUUGGGGUGCAUCGUUGUAAUUGUAUGGGCCUACAGAAUAAAGAUUAAAUUUCAUUUUUACUGAAAAGUGCUUUACGUAGAAACAGAAGCCCCCUAAAAGUUGCAAAAUGGUAGGUUGUUUUUUUUUUUGUUUCCACAAAUAUUUUUUAUUACCAUACAUUUCUUGUGUAAAAUUAGUAAUGUCAAAAACUGGUGACGCAAAAAACAAGCCCUUAUUAUGGGUCUGUAGGUAGAAAAUUGAAAGCAUAUUAGCCAUUAAAAGACAAGGAGGCCAAAACUAAAAAGCAAAAAUGAAAAAUCAAUGCGCCCUUAAACUUUUUCUUUCAAUUCUUUUGAACAAUGGACCGAAAAAAUAACCUAAACUACAGUUAUUAGUACUGAGAGUCAACUAUAGUGCCCUGUAGAUUAGAUUUCCUCUGCAGCCCCUGUAAAAGUGACAUGGAGGGUAGCACUGGAGGAGGAAAGAGAACAUGUGGGACAGGCACUAUCCUUCAAUGAGUGCUGAAGAAAGUUCUGUUGUUUUUGUCAUAGGCAUCUUAUAAAUGCUUAUAUUUAAUGCCCCGCCAUCUCAUGACCAUGACACUUUAUUUAUGAGUGGUAGUAAUGUACCCAAAAUACUGGUCUGGAGAUACAGCCUGAAUACAGAGACAGCCCUAUAACAGUUUAGAGGAAAGUAGAGACUCAACAACUAAAAACAUCAGCAGAUCAGUGAGUGCACAGGUAACAAGAGCAGGAAUGCUGGGUGAUGUGAACGCACCAGCAGAAAUCUUAUUGCAGCUCUAUAAUACAUGUACUUAUUUUCUAAUCAUGAGUUAUAACAUUUCAUGUGUUUCAUACAUUGGUUCUGGAACCAAUUAAUAUUGUAUAUUGAGUCCAUAACUCAAUCAGUAAAUGGCUCUGAAGCCCCCAAAAUGUUAAUCAAAUAUACAAAAACAUAAAGAAUGUACUUUAUUGGUGCUUCACUUUCUUCAAACUUUGCCCAUAAUUUUAUUAGUCAAUAGGAGCAAUAUGAAACAGGUUAAUCUCUUUCUAGAAGGAGGGGACUAUAGGUAGACAGGGUCACAUGACCAACCACUUACAUCAUUGUCUGCAGCGCAUUGGCCAUUAACACAGGCCGAUGUGCAGUAAAUAAAGAUGAUUUUAAUGUCUACAUAAAAGAUGCAAUCAGCUGAUGAGAGAGCAUUUGCUUGUUCAUUGACUGAUCUCUCUGUAAUAUCCGGAGUACCCCUUAAAGGAUGAGUGUUCCUCAGCUGAAGGAGAACCACAAUUCCCAGAAGGUCAGAAACAUUCAGGACUUGUAGUUUUCCAACACAAAGGAAGAGGAAAACAGUAUAGAAAAUGCUGAAUGUAUGUGAUGUUUAUCACUACACUGUACAGUACCAAUUGUGGACAGGGUCUGGAUAGGACACACUUUAUUACUGGCACUGUAACUGUAGGCUUCUAUAGUGCUGCAGUUAUAAGCGCAUUGUAAGUGGAUGCUGUACUCUUCUUAAGUUGAAUAAUAUGAUGUCAGGGGAACUUUAUAUGUGUAAAUGGUGCAUGACAGUGAUCAUACAUCAUGUUCAACUUUUUGUCCCCCAUUUUAUUCACAGUAAAUAACAUGGCAUUUAGUCUUAAUAGGGUCCUGCAUUUGGAAGGGGUAUUCUGGGUUUAUCCAAAGGAUAGGGGAUAAGAUGUAUGAUCGCAGCGGUCCCACCGCUGGGGACCCCCGCGAUCUAUGUGCAGCCCCCUGGCAUUCUGUGGCUCCAUUCAUUUCUAUGGGAGGGGGUGUACCCCUUUUUAAGGCCCGGUUCACCCCAUGUUUUUACAGCCUGUACUGUGUUAAAGAGGUAUCUAUUAUCCACAGGCUGUGGUGGCAUUUGUUUCAUGUAUACGUCGUGCAAACUGUUAGUCAUAAUGUGCCUAUGGGUGACAGUUGCCACCAUUAGGCAUAUGUCACAGCUUCCGUUUAAUAUAUAUUUUCAGAGCACUUCCCUAUGUAAAAGUAAACAAACUUGAAGUAAACAGCCACAAUAUAGUAUAUAUAUAUUACAUGUUCUAAGCAUUUUGACAACCCUGUGGGCUGUGUUUUUAUCCAGUAGCUGCACAUUUACAUAUUUGUUCUUUUUUCCCUUUUUUUUUUUACUGAGAUCUUCUGAAUCCACAUUUAAUUUAUAGUAAAUUUUGUUAAUAUAAUGUGAGACAGAUAAAUAUAAAGUAUUUAGCAAAUUAAUAGAAAUGUUUAAAAAAAUGCAUUUUCAUUGUUAUGCCUUGCAUCACAAUACAGGCAUGUCAAAUGAUAGAAAAUACAUUAAAAUACAUAUUUUUGUUACCAUUUUUCCAAUAUCAAGGAUUUGACCCAUUUGGGCAUAGAGUGAAUACGUUUUUGUAGCGUUCAGUCAUACGGGCAUGGCGUGCCAAAACUUAGAUAAGUUAUUUUAUCAGUUACUGCUUGUUUGUUGUGGUUCCUUUUUAAUGUCAAACUUUAGAUCUGUCCAUCAUUUCUUUAUUAGAUUUUUUCCUGGCUAUUGCCUGGCAUAGGUAACACUUCAAUGCCAUGAUCUUAAAGAAAAUAUGCCACUUCAUGAUCCUUGUGACAUGGGGCAGCAUCAUGCAUGAAGAUAGUCUCUGGUCUCCUGUGAAUCCCUUCUUCUGUGCCCGGUCACACAGUCAUGGAAUAAAACAUUGUUCUACGUUGGCUUUGUAGAGCUGCUGGUUCAUAUUACCCUGCCUACCCCAAAGAUGCUUAUGAUAAUCUAUACCAGGCAUAGGAAACCCUUUGGCACUGCAGAUGUUUUGGACUACAUUUCCCAUGAUGCUUUGGCAGCAUUUUGGAUGUAAGAGCAUUGUGGGAGAUGCCUGGUCUAUACCAUGAAAUGAAUGGAGUGCUUAAUUUACUGGACAAUGCAGUCUUCCCUUAUUUGUUCUCCAGGAUGUCACCUAAAUUACAGUAUUGUACUUGCUGCUCAGAACACUGGAUAAUGCUCUUGUUCCCAAAACUAGAUUUUUUUUUUGCUAACUAAAUCAAAGAACUUAUGCUAAUAAAAUUAAUAAUUUUUCAAUUGUUUAGUCUGUUGACUAGGUUUCAAACUGUUUAGUCCAGUCAAGUCUUUUUGUCUUAAUUUGUUUAGUCAGUCACUGUUUUUUUUUUGUUCUUUUUUUUUUUUUUUUUAUAAAUGUCUGUGGGCUUGAAGUCCAGAAUCCAGAAGUCUUUAUUGAACAGAUCUCAGUCUUUUUAAAAUGCUAUUUUUCCAGAAAGUCUUUCAACUGUCUUACUCUGAUUCUCUUGGCAUUCUUUCGGCAUUCCAAAAUUGAAUCAUCUUGACUGUCCACUUUUGCCACCACAUUUACCAGAAUGUCUGGAUACCCUUGGUUUAAAAGGUACUUUCAAGAUGGGUGACAGAUGUUGUAGUAACUCCAAAUGUAUUAGUUAUUUCUCUUUUUGUACAUCCUCUUUCAACAAAAUUUCAAUUUUAGCUCACUUUGAUGGCGUUUCAGUAUCUACAUAUCAUAAGGGUUGUGAGGUGACAAUUUUCUUUGGGAUCAUGGAAUUGAAGUGUUACCUUGUCCAGGCAAUAUACAAAUACAAUAGAGAAAUUGUGAGCAGAUUUAAAGUUUGAAAUAAGAAAACGAUCCCUAACAAACAAGCAACAACUAAUAGAAGAACUUAUCUUGGGCGCGCAAUGCCUGUAUGACUGAUCACUGUAAGUAACGUGUUCACUCCAUGUCUGAAAGAGGUAAAUCCUUGAUAUUGGCCAAAGGAUAACUAACCAAAUAUUAGUUUGAAAAAUUUUCUCUAAGAACAUGUUUCAUGUAAAACAACGUGUAUUUAGUGUUUAUUUGAUAUGUCUGUAUUAAGAUGCAAGGUAAAACCACAAUAUGAAUUCUUUCAUUUCUAUUUCUUUGGCCAACGCUGUAUAGAAUAUGUAUAAAUAUAUUGUAAUAUUAGGAUUGUAUUUUUAUAUGUAUUAAGACGUCAGGCCAAUGUUUCUUGUCUGAAUCACUUUGUAUGUCUUAGGGUGCAUUUACACACAGAAGAACCACUGCGGAUUUAAGGUUGUAAAAUCCUAAAUCGUGGAUUUUACAAGGCAGUUCUUAUGUAAUUUUGUGUGCGUUGUAAGAUCUGCAACUGUGGAUUUUACAAUUGUGGAUUCUGUGUGUUACUACGUAUGUUCACUUUUCUGAAGUUUUUAUUAUAUCUGUAAUGCCAUUAUAUGCCUGAAAAUGCAAUGACAGUAUUCCCAUCUCAUAAGUAAUGAUUGGUGGAGGUGCGACUAAAUGACUGCUUCACUGAUUCAUCACUUCCGUGCCAUCAGUCUUUUCCCACUAUGCAGGGAACCUGCAGCACAGCUUCUGGGGCUAUAUGUAUAUUAUUAGUUCCCUGCAAAGCCGAAAGGCUAGUAGCACCAAUUUACAGAAAAGAAAACCACCAAAUCACCACUGAAUCACUUAAUUCACAGGAUUUGUGGGUGUCCCUAUGAACAGACACCCACUUUCAUAAAGCAGUAGCAUAUCUUGGCAAUAUCCACCAUUUUGAGAUUGCUGUACUAAAUUAAUAUUUGGCUUCACUUCUAUUGCACUGAUCCAAACUUCUCAGUCCCUGCAGCUUUCUGUAGUUUAGAUCUAAUAGUAAACUGUAAAAUGUGAACAUACGCUUUAAAGAUGAAACCCAAUAUGCAGUUAAUUAACUUCUAUUCCUUCUGUGAAGGGCGACUUGGUAAAACUUUGUAAUCUGCAUGACUUUAAAAUCCUUCUAGACUAUUUACUGUAAUUAUGUUUGAAUUAAUUGGUUCAACACAUGUAUUUGUUCUUAAUUAAAAUAUGACAACUUG